AUGAUCCCUCCUCAAUACCAACCUCUCGCUCCAUCGCGUCGCUUCAAUCGCGGCCGCUUACGCAAUUGCACCGUGCUUCAUGUCGUUUUGACCCGACUAUAUGUUGUUUUCCUUGCUUUAUUUCAUAACACAAAAGGUGACCUGCAACGAUCCGUUUACGUCGCGGCGAAUGCGCUGUCAAUUCUCAAACGCAACCCUUGA